AUGAGGAACCUGAGUACAGAAGGAGACAGGGCAGGUCAGCGACAAAGCCAGGUCUCACACAAGGGUGGCCUCACUUCAAAGCCUGUGCUCUUAACACUUUUUCAGCCCCAUAAGCCAGUUCCGGCCCAAGGUCUUGGCAUGGCUUUUUCCCAUCCCUGUGCUGCAGUGGGCCUUGGAUGGGACAGUAACAGCCCAGCAGGGGUGGUUGGGUUGUGGUUUAGUCACUCAGACAUGUCCAAUUCUUGUGACCCCAUGGGCUCUAGCUCACCAGGCUCCUCUCUCCAUGGGAUUUCCCAGGCAAGAAUACUGGAGUGA